UAAUCCGGAUUGUAAGUGCGCGCCUGUUUAUACAGCAGCUGUAGCAAACUUUGUCCUCGCUUGUCACGCCGCCCCCCAAAGCUGCGCCGUGCUCCCGGCGCUCCGCACCUUGGCUCGCCGUGAGAGGAGGUGUCGUGGACAAAUGUUUUUCAGCCUGCUGUUGCUGAUUAAAGUCGGUGUUUCUUGAGUGAUCGCGCUAGGUGCGCUUAAUAAUGACUUUCUGGCGGAGCGGUCGCGCAGGAACCAUACUGAGCUUCAUCAGAUGAAGGAGUGAUACUGUGAAACAUGACAAGAUCCCGGACUAUUUAAAAGUUUUCCUGUCUCAGGAAAAAACCCAACAUGUAUAGACCAGGGGAGACGGUCAAACGUCGACUCAAUAUGCAUGCCCCUCCUCGAAUAAGGAGUGUGGAAGUUGCUAGAGGAAGAGCAGGCUAUGGGUUUACCCUUUCUGGACAAGCUCCAUGUGUUCUUAGUUGUGUUAUGAAAGGAAGCCCUGCUGAUUAUGUUGGACUUAAAGCAGGAGAUCAGAUAUUUGCUGUUAACGAGAUUAAUGUGAAAAAGGCCUCUCAUGAAGAUGUAGUGAAACUUAUUGGAAAAUGUUCUGGAGUCCUCCACAUGGUCAUUGCUGAAGGGAUUAGUCAUAUAGAUUCAUGUUCAAGUGAUGAAGAAGUUGGCUUUUAUGAUGGAAAGGGGUGGCUGAAGCCUAAACCUGACUCUAAAGCUCUAGGCAUAAACAGAGCAGAGAAAGUUGUUGAAGAAAUGCAGUCUGGUGGCAUUUUCAACAUGAUCUUCGAGAAUCCUAAUCUUUGUGCUGGUAACUCAGAUAAUACCACACCAAAACAAAGAUCAUUUUCAGAUUCUGCUGCUAUUAAAUAUGAAACUGGAAAUGAAAGUGUAAGCAAUCCAAACCUACUGUCAAAGGAAGAAAUGUCCAAGGUCCCGAAUGAUGAUUCGGUUUUUAGAAUUGGACUGGAGAGUGCAGAAGACUUUGGACUAGAUGCAAGCAUUUUAAACGUUGCCAUGAUUGUAGGCUACCUAGGCUCAAUCGAACUUCCUUCAACAACCUCAAAUUUGGAAAAUGAGAGUUUGCAAGCUAUUCGUGGGUGCAUGAGGCGUCUACGGGCGGAACAAAAAAUCCAUUCGUUAGUGAUGAUGAAGAUAAUGCACGACUGUAUUCAGCUCUGCAGUGACAAAUCAGGUGUGGUGGCAGAAUACCCUGCAGAGAAACUGGCAUUCAGCGCUGUUUGCCCCGACGAUAGAAGAUUCUUUGGUUUAGUUACAAUGCAGACAAAUGACGAUGCGAGCUUGGCUCAGGAAGAUGAAGGGGUUCUGAGGACAUCUUGCCAUGUCUUUAUGGUGGAUCCGGACUUAUUUCAUCAUAAAAUUCAUCAGGGCAUAGCAAGACGUUUUGGACUGGAAUGUACAGCAGAUCCAGACACAAAUGGCUGUCUGGAGUUUCCAACAUCAUCUCUACCUGUUCUUCAAUUUAUUUCUGUCCUGUACAGGGAUAUGGGGGAAUUGAUUGAGGGAAUGCGUGCAAGGGCUUUUCUUGACGGUGAUGCAGAUCCUCAUCAGAAUAACAGCACAAGCAGUAACAGUGAUAGCGGAAUUGGGAAUUUUAAUCAAGAAGAAAAGAAUAACAGAGUUCUGGUGGUUGAUUUGGGGAGCAAUCCAAGUAAACAUAUUCCCAACAGCAUAUGGGAAAAUCCGGUCGGAAGGGGACAAAAUCAGUCUGCUUCCCAUUGGAAUGGCUUCUGUCAUGAACAGGAAGGAAACAUUCCUUUAGAAGUCAUUCAGAAUGAUAAGUCCCAAAAUUUAAACAAGCACUUAUGUCCUUCUGCCCGUAUCGAAGUUCCACUGGUUUCUUCCCGAAAUUCAGUACCCCCAUCAAAGAAAAGCGCUGCAGGCAUGGGCAAUCAAAGGUGGUUGCCCGUGCACGUUUUACAAGAGUGGCAGCAUGGAAAUGCUAGCGACCAGGAGUCUUACACUGAUUCUACAGACGGCUGGUCAAGUGUGAACUGCGGGACUCUCCCCCCUCCAAUGAGUAAGAUUCCAGCUGACAGAUACAGAGUUGAUGGCAGCUUUGGUCAGCCGCAGUUAAAAUCUCAUAAAAAUGAAUGGUCCAAGAAGAUGUUUUGCAUGCAAAACAAAUUUGGCCCUCCACACAGUGUUAGGAAGUCUAAAGAAGAUAAAAAGGGUUCAAAAUUUGGACAUUCAGUGGGAUUAAAUCAGGCUCCUCCCCAGCGUUCUUCUGCUCGAAGAUCAUUUGGAAGAUCUAAGAGAUUUAGUAUUACUCGUUCACUGGAUGACCUUGAGUCAGCAACUGUCUCUGAUGGAGAGCUGAAUAGUACUGAUUUGAAAGAUUGCAUCAGUGAGAACAGCCUCAGUAGCAAUGCUAGUCUUCCCAGCGUACAGAGCUGUCGACGACUUCGAGACAGAAGAGUUGCAAGCUGGGCAGUUUCAUUCGAGCGUCUUCUUCAGGAUCCUCUCGGUGUUAAAUAUUUUUCGGAAUUUCUGCGGAAGGAAUUUAGUGAAGAAAAUAUUUUAUUUUGGCAGGCGUGUGAAUAUUUUAACCAUGUACCUGCACAUGAUAAAAAAGAGCUUUCUUACAGAGCUCGGGAGAUCUUCACUAAGUUUUUGUGUAGCAAAGCUACAACUCCAGUUAAUAUUGAUAGCCAGGCACAGCUGGCAGAUGAUAUUCUCAAUUCCCCACAUCCAGAUAUGUUCAAGGAACAGCAACUUCAGAUUUUUAACUUGAUGAAGUUUGAUAGCUAUACUCGCUUUCUCAAAUCCCCCCUUUACCAAGAAUGCAUCCUAGCUGAAGUAGAAGGUCGUACUCUUCCAGAUCCACAACGUGUUCCCAGCAGUCCCACUUCUAAACACAGUAUCAGUUCAGAGAAGUCCAAUAUCUCAACACCGAAAAAGUUAAGUGGUAAAUCAAAGUCAGGAAGAUCCUUAAAUGAAGAGUCAGGAGAGGAGGACACUGAGAAGAAAAAAAGGGGGACGUUUUUCUCAUGGUCAAGAAGUAAGAGUUUGGGAAAAUCGCAGAAGAGAAAGGAAAAUGGUGAUUAUCAACAUGAUUCUAUUCAGUCCAAUGGGUUAUCGUACAGGAGGGAAUCACAAGGCUCCAUGUCAUCAACUGCUAGUCUUGACUUGUCUGAAACCUCUAGAUUACCUGCAUUUGUACCAGAUAAAGAGAAAUCCCCCAAAUACUGCUGUGUAAACCUUCCAGAUGGUUCUUCCAGCAAAAUGGCUGUUAAAUCUGGAUUCUCUAUCAAAGAGGUGCUAUCUGGGCUCUGUGAGAAACAUGGCAUUAACAUAGCUGCAGUGGACCUUUUUUUAGUUGGAGGUGAUAAGCCGCUUGUAUUGCACCAAGACAGUAGCAUCCUGGAGUCUCGGGACCUACGUUUAGAAAAACGCACUUUAUUUCGGCUGGAUCUUGUUCCAAUCAAUCGAUCAGUUGGUUUGAAGGCUAAACCCACCAAACCAGUAACAGAGGUCUUAAGGCCUGUGGUUGCAAAAUAUGGUUUAAAUCUUAAUGAGCUUGUGGCAAGACUAAAUGGUGAGCAGGAACCACUUGAUCUUGGUGUCCCUAUAUCUAAUCUGGAUGGUCAGCGAGUUGUUCUAGAUGAAAAAGAGCCAACAAAGAGUAGAGUGUUUACAGAUAAACAAAAAGGUGCAUCAGUAAAACAGAGUGUAACUGUGACUACUUCAAGAAAUCAAGUAUCUACUACUGGAGAGGGAAGAACUCUAGGAAAGUCUAAUUCUAUCAAAAUGAAAGGCGAAAAUGGAAAAAAUGCUAGGGAAGUUCGACUGUCAAAAAGAGAAGACUCUAUUGCAAAGAUUGGGAAAAAAAAAUGUCAGAAAAUAAAUUUGGAUGAAGCAGAGGAAUUUUUUGAACUCAUAUCCAAAGCUCAAAGUAACAGAGCAGAUGACCAACGUGGACUGCUAAGGAAAGAAGACCUUAUUCUUCCUGACUUUCUUCGUUUACCACCCACUGGACCAGAACCAUCCUCAUCUACGCCAGCAGGUCCUAAAGGCCUCAACAAGCGAGUUUCAAAAAGUGAUGGCAAGGAUGGAUGUACAUCGCCAAAUGGAAAACAGGAGUCCAUACAAAACUAUAAUGAAAAUUCAGUUAAGAAAAUGGGUUACUCAGAAAAUAAACAUAAAUCUGCUUUGACAGCACUCCACAGUCAGAAGACUUUCAGUGUUCCUUUUAAUACUACAUUGUCUCCAAUUCCACAUGCACACGAAAACAAUGCAACAAUAUGGAAAAGGCAGUCAAGAGAGUUACAAGCUGAAGGCAUACAGAUGGUAGAUGAUGAGAAUGUGGCAGACUUGACUCUUGUGGCUGAAGGAGAUAUUAGUAGCCCUAACAGCACUUUGCUACCACCGCCACCACCAACACCACCGUCAGACAUCAGUAAACUCACAGAAGCCAACUAUCCACCCCCAACUCCUUUUGCAGGUAAUCAGGAAAAAUCUGGAUAUCAAAGAUCCAAUUCAGGUGCAAACCACAAAAAGAAAAACGAUUCACAGGAAACUUUAGGAAACCCUUGUGAGCAAACGUCUCUCAAAACGAAGACCAGCAGAAGCAUUAAUCCUCCUGGUGUGAGAGACAACCCUGGCAAGGAGCUGCCUGUGAACAGGAUAAUUGAUGUGGAUGGAGUCAAGCUGGAAGACACCAGCACACGUUCCUGCGAUGAGUCUGAAGGGAACCUCAGCUUUGAAGGUUAUGUCUCGGAACUGAGAUCUUGCCAAGGGAGGAUGAGGACUGGAGUUUAUCGGACAUCAGACCUUCCGUCUCUGAUUGCUGUAAAGAGUGAGAAGAAUAAGGGCACUGAGAAUCAGUAUAAAGCUACUUUUGUUUAAAUCUCUGUUUUUAAUUAAGAGUUGUGGUAUUUUUGCCUGGCAUUGGCAGCAAUGGAAAUAUGCCUUAGGGACAUAUUUCUGCGAGUUUUAAGUUGUUUUCAGUACCUGUUGCCUUCAACGAGCCUGCCAGACAGUCUGUUCUGAUAUGAGUUAGAACCUGUAGAAUGAAAAGAGAAGUAUUUCAAUGAAAGUAUUGAACUAUUUGCUUUUGUUCUCUUACUGUUUAUAUAUCAUUUUCCCUGUCAUGAUUCUGUUGCACAGUGCAAUUAAAAUGAUGAUUUCCACCCCUACCCUUCUUGUCUUUAAUAAAGACAAACUCACUUUAAGUUCCCCUAUCGAAAUUUUUAUUUAAGAUGACUUAAUUUUAAUCUUCUAAUGCUUUUCCUGGUCUGCAGGAUUCCCUGUGUGUUGGUUGACUUCUGAAGUAGAAGUAAAAUCAGUUACUGUUGAAAAAAGGUUAUGAUUAUUUUAUUAAUAUCUUCCUAUCUUUCUCAUAACAUUUGGGAAGAGGUCCAGGUGAAAUUGAAAUUCGCUUUUGUCCAAUGGAUUACCUGGCUUUUAUGCAAUACAACCUUUGUUACACAAGCAGUAAGAAGAAAAAAAAAAAAAUCCUGUCCUGGGAAUAACAGCUGCUCCUGUUGCCAACACCAGUGCUGUUUUCUCAGCAGAAAUGUAUGUGCUAUUUACACAGCGGUGGGAGAGCCAUCUAGGUCCCUCCUGAGCACUGCUCUUGGUGUCUUGGCUUUGGGGGAAGGUGGAUUUUUGUUACCGCUCCUUCAGUAAGCUGUUAAUUGCCACUUAGUCUUCUUGUCGUUGAUACUACUUUCAGUUCAUCUUCUAGCCUUGGGCAGAGUUUUGAGGAAGAAAAGGUACUACUGAACAUGUUGCUUUGCCACAUUCUCGUUUUCCUCAUUUUUCAUUUCUUCAGAAGAGGUGAUGAGUCUGGACAAGCAAAAGUGUACACAGAGAGUUCUGGCUCUCUGUUCAGCUCUUUGAAACAAUAUAAAGUAUAUAUAUUGAGACCUUUUGGUGGUUCACCGCUUUGAAAUUGCUUUGGGACUCAAAAAGUCAUAUUGCAUAGCUCCCAGGCGGCAGAGCCACACAGACAGGAAGUCUAAAGCUGUGAUUAUUCAUCAACUUCUUUUUCUUUGCUCCUUCUUACUAAAACUUACCAAGAACUGUGAAGUUUUAGAAUACCAGAAAAUACUGGAGAGUGUUACUCAGUUUCUUAAACUCAUAGCUUUUUGUAAAACGAGAAGGAGCUACACAGAAUUUUACAACAAUAAAGUGUGGUUCCUAAAGCUUAAGAAUUAUACAUUAAAUACUCCAGUGAUAUAAAAGGACAUAGCACCCAUUAGCUUUACAAAUUUAAUUCUUUUUCAUGAUUAAGUGAUUCUGCUCCUAUUAUUGAGGGAAACAUUAGUAUUAGUCUCAACACAGUGUGUGACUGAAUGAGGAUAUGUGCUGUAAGAAUAACUGGUGUUUUAAAAACUUCCAAGAUUAAAACCCAUUUGAGAGCCAUGCUAAAAUCACAGUGGUGGAGCAAUGUUGGAUAUUAGGGGAAUUCACAAUAGCAUUUUUGAGGCUGUCAGUGCUAGUUGGUAGCUGAGUAUUUUAUUCUCAUGGCAGUGAAUAAAAUGAGCUGGUUGUCUGAGCUCAGAUCCCACUGCAGCCAGGUAUCCGUGCCAGGGAAACACAGCUGGCAGCAACUGAAAUUAGAGGUAGGAGUGGGUGAACAGGCUUGGAAAGCGAUGCAACUGGAUCCCACACCGUGAUGAACUGAGCUGCUGAAGCAGAGCCACAGUGCAGUGUGUGCGGGUUGGCUUUGCAAGCACUCAGCUUGUACCUGGGCUAGGGAUAAAGGGGGAAAACUGUCUGCUCCUUUUGAUCCAUAGGUAGCUUUAUAUCAUACUGUGUAUCAUCUAUGUGGGACACAACAAAGCAGUGAUAGCACAGUGAUUAUGAGAAAAUGUUUAAAAUAUCUCUGUAUUUUAAGUGGUUUUCCCAUGUUUGUUUCUUACUGUUUUGGUAACAUUUUGCUAAGAAUUGCUUGUGAUAAGUUAUUUCUUUGCACAGAUAAAUGGGCAUAUUUAUCCUACCUUCCAGCAAAUUAGUAGCUUUGUUCUAAUCAAGACCAACAUUACACCAGUAAAGCUCAAGAGAGGGCUCAGUGACCUGUGACACAUUUUGCACUUUUUGUGUGUUUUGGAAAAUCAAAUCCUGACCUCAAGCAGGUUAAAGCUUGAAAUUAAAAUACAAUAAUUACUGUAUUUAUAAAUCCUUGAUCAGUAUUUUAGAUGAAACCAUCUUACAUUGUGGAAGUGUGCCUAAGUGGUGUUUGGUGAGCAAUAUACAGUUCUUUAACUGGAAAAAGAGACAGCUGAGGGGAGGUAUAAUGAUGUCCUAAAAACCUUGAGUGCUAUGGGAAGGGUGGAUAGGGACAGACUGUUCACUCUCUUCUAAGACAAGAGUUAGGGGCCACCAGGAGAAGCUGGUAGAAGUCAGGUUCAGUUCAAAGAGGUGGUUCUUCACCCCAAAAUAUGAGACUGGUGAAGACCUUAGCCAAAGGAUGCUGGGGAGGUGGGAAAUUUACAAGGGCUGCACUAGCAAGUAGUUGAAAGAGACCUACUGAGGUUUGCUAAACAGUCAAAACUCAUGGGAUCCAAGAAACCUCUUGAGCUUGAAACCCCACAGCUUGAGCUGGGUUGUUACACACGUGGAGGUUGGGUGGACACAGCUCAAGAGCAUCUGGUUAUCCAGCCUCUGUGCAUCCUUAGCUGGUAGAGCUAGUUGGUUAAUUUAAGAUAACUGAAAUUUGGUCUGUUUUCUUUCUGAAAGCUGGUAAGCUGAAGAAAAAGAAGGCAAACAACAACAACAAAAAAAGCUGUUUUUUAAAUACUGAGUGCAGCAAACUGGGUCUGACUCUAUUGAGGAUUCAAAGGAGACUCAGGCUGCGUGCAGGAAAAUGAAGGAUGUGGAAGAACGGAAUUUUCUUUAACAUAGGGAAAAAUCCUGGCACAAUGCCUGGAAAUCCUGUAAACAAGGGAACAUGGGAAAAACAUUCCUCUCUGCUCUGCACUGUUAUGCCAGCUAUUGACAUAUUGUUUAAAACAAUGACUUCUUAGCUAGGACUUGUGAAAAUUCAUUACUUGGACUUAGAAAUAAUAAUAUUAGUUCUCCAUUUCAAUAUCUGGCAGAAAAGAAAAAUUAAACCUGCUGGAAUAAGUUGCCACAGAUCAUGGAGUUAACAAAAACAAAUGUGGAGAGCCUAUCUCUGGCUGAUGUUUUCCCCAGUUUUGCUAAGGUUAUUGUCCAGUUUUAAUUACCCUGUGACUUCAGCAUUAUAAUAUGGCUUUAAGUUACCUUAUUAUCCUGUGGUUUCCACUACUAAUGAAAUCUACUUGCAAGUAAAAAAGCAGCCCGUUUGAAGCACUCCUUGGCAGUGUAAUCCUUUAUUUUGCCAGUUAGUUCUUAAAGAUAAUCAGGCUUUAUGUGGCUUUAUUUCUCUUUUACUUUUCCCAGUUUUCCCGUGUUGAAGCUCCACUUACAGUCAGUUCCUCUUAAGGCCACAAUGACACAUAAAACAGGAAUUUGAUGUUCCCAUCCUUUUAUGUGGAUGAGGGAGAUCCACUGACCUACAGCCUCGAACUGUAAAACAUAGUAAUGCCAGAGAUAAAAACAAAACAAAGCAAAACAAAACACUUAGAAAAUCCUGUAGCUUUCUAAAUUUUAUUUAGUAAACCAGUUCUCUCAUAUUUUACUCGUUGUCAUGGCAUCUGAGCUUCAAAUUGUAGUGGUUGCAGCCUCACAGGCUCCACAACAGUGACAGUCUUCUUGUUUAUUGUUUUAAAAGCUCUGUGAAGAAUAGAAAAUACACAUAUAGGCAAACUUGAAAAGGGACUUUCCCCUCAGGAUUACUCUAGCAGUGCGCCUUGUCAACAGAUUUGUGAUAUAACAGACAUGCAAAAUAAACUGCUGCGCAAUUUAGCUUUUGGGGCCUGCAUGACAAAUAACCGCUGUUUUAUGAAGGCACAUAAACAGGCUUUGCAAAGGGACUUUGCAAGAGAUUUACUGCUCCGUGGGAAGGAGCCAAUACCUGACUGCACCAUGCACUUUCUCAUGCCCUUCUGCGGGCUAUUUAGUAUCUUUCAAGGAUGCUGGGUCCUUCUAGCACUACUUCUCCUCCUGAAAGUUUUGGACUCUUUUUCUUGCCUUUGCUGUCACGUGCAUUGUUUGAUUUUUCCUCAUCUUGUGUUGGAAUUUACUUUCUUGACAGAAAACUGCCAAAAGGCAGUGGUUCAGCCAGCAGCCUCCUUGUCUCUUUGGCACAGAGAUAAUCAUGAGCCCAUUUUGCUUUUUUGGAAGUAGCUGAUUUUCACCACAAAACUGAAAUCAUUGACUGUAGUUGUUUCUCUGCAGGGGUGUUUCUGCCCAUACCACCUCUGACACAGUAUUGCUAGUGAAUAUUGUCAUUAAAAAUUGUCUCUCUUAACGUCAUCUGUGGCUGGCAGACCAGACUGGUGUGUGGUAGCAUGCUGCAGCAUCUGCAAUGAAACAGCCUAAGGCAUCUUUUCUCCAGUUCUCAAAGAUUUUGAAAAGCUUCCAAAGGCUCUGCUAGAGAAAGGCCCCAGCCCAACGGCAGGACCUUUUCAAUAAGUGUGAGAAGCCAAAACUGUUGCAAGUCCAAGCCACUCCUCAUUCCCCACCGCAGCUCAUUGUGCUGGGUUUAGAAACGGCUGUAUUUUCUGCAUCACCAGGCAGAUUUCCAAGCUCUGUGAGAAUGUAACAAGCCAGUGUGACAACAGGGCUGCUCUGUGGAUGAUGUGGGUGUUUGCCCUGCAGCAAAAACAAGUGGCACAUCCAAACACUUCUCUGCCUGUGCUCUUGGAGUAUCCCAAGGUCAGCAUCGUGGCAGCAGGGUACUGAACAACUGGUGGAUUUGUGAAUCAUAACCCAAUGCCAAUUAAAACACAGGAAAAAACGUUCAUUGAUCUUACUAAAAUAUUUCCCUGCUGUAGACCCACCGUUAUUUUUCACCAGGUCCCUCUUGAUUUUUUUCAGAAGACCAUUAUCUGCUGGGAAGUGCUGGAUGAUCAGGUGCCUGCAAACCUUGCCUGCAUUACUCAAAAUGUUAGCAAAUCCAAUGCGUUACACAUGAAUGAACAUGUUUUCCGAAUUGCUUGUGUGGAAGAUAAGGAAAGAAAAUUGUUUAUGUUUUUUCAUCCUAAGUGAUCAUUCUGUUGAAUAGUCUAAAUAUUGUGUUGUACAGUUUGAUUUGUAUUCUUGUUUUAUUUGUGGUUGUGACUUUAAACUUCUCUAUAAUGGAUUUCUAAUAUGAAAAUGCACAUUGAAUUAAUUUCUCAUGCCUUGUCUUUCCAAAGUAUUGAGAGAUCUGUACUGCACAAUGAUGUGUUUAUAGGAUCUUCAGUGUGUCAAAUAUCUAAAAUGUUAAUUGUGUAUUACUAAAUAAAUAAUUUAUA